AUGGAAUUAGAUGGAAAAAUCCUGUUCCUCAUUCUCUCUGUCUUUUACUCCGUCUCAGGUCUUAUUGGAGAAGGAGAGGUGCUACUAGUUGAUGCUGUUCCCCACCUUUGGCGUCCAACAAAGCUCUUUGUUUUCGGAGACUCCUCCGCUGCCACCGGCAACAAUGUCGCGAGUCUUGGCUCUGAUUCUGACAUCUGUUGGCAUUCUCCUUAUGGAGAAACCUUUCCCGGAAAACCCACUGCCCGGUUCUCCGAUGGUCGCGUCCUCACUGAUUUCAUCGCUAAGUUCAUAGCAGUGAAGUCUCCUCUGGCAUACAAAAUUAGAAAUGCUGCAGGCUACUAUUCGAAAUAUGGGAUGAAUUUCGCAUAUGGAGGCCAUUCGAGGAAUGAAGAGUACCCAAAUUAA